CUGGAAUGCAAGUAACUGUGAUGCUUGGGGCUCAGCCAAGGAGAGGACGCAUGGCACAGUUUAACGUGGAGUACAGAGUUUAUUUCCCUUCUCAUCCCCAACAAAACUUUUUCAAUAUGUUGUAGUUAAAACAUUCAGCAGGUUGUGAUAGUGUAGGAGAGAGGGAUGGGUCAGGGUUAGGAGGUAGUGCUGCAUCUAGGCCAGUCCCUGUGUGAGACACCAAUGCACACACACACAGACCAUCUGCUUGUCUUUGAAGGGUAUGCAGCUAAAAGAAAGCAUAAACUCCUUCCUGAAAAGCAAAAAGGCUUUUUCAUUGGGAAUUACUACAGUAGGUUCUUCAUCACUACUUCAUGCUCAGCCAAGAGCAGAUGGGGCACAUCCAAAGCCUCCUCCAGCAGCUAAGGAAGGAGGAAGUCUCCUAACAGUGACCUGCUCUGUCCUCUGCUUUGGGAGAAGAUCUGUAGCUAAGCUCACUAAAUGUAAACUUAAGGCCACGAGCUCUUGUCCUGUCACUAGCCUCCAUAGAGACUAUGGAUGUUCCACCCAUAGAGGUGUUCAAGACCAGGCUGGAUGGGAUACUGGGCAGCCUGGUCUAGUGCCAGACCUGGAGGUUGGUGGCCCUGCUGGUGGUAGAGGGGCUGGAACUUAAAGAUCCUUGGGGUCCCUUCCAACCCAAGACAUUCUAUGAUUUGAUGAUUCUACGUUAGUAACAUGGCAGCAGAGGCCAGUCCUGACUCACAACAACCCAGGGGGCUCUUGCCUGCUUAGUAAAGAGCGUCCCCAGGAGCUCUGUCCAGAGAUAUGCCUCCAAAUUGAGGCAGUGCCGUGGCUCAGUGGCCAUGUGCCCACCCUGGGCAGCUGAGAAGGGUGGAGUCGGGCAGCCCAUUUGUGACAUCAGCAGGAAUGCAUUGCAUCACAAUGCAGGGGAUGGGUUUAGGGCCACAGGCAGGCAGCGCUGCUGCAUUUUUGACCUGGGCCAAUGAUCAUGGCUUUGGUGUUUGUUCUCGCAUUGUUGGUGCGGGCGCUAAGUGUCAGUGUCAAUACUGAUGUGCUCAUGCUCGAGAACGUGCAGCGGCGCGAGGUUGAUCUGCAAAAGCACAUGAUACCUCCGCAGCACGAGAUUGAGCAGAGGAAUGAGCAGCAGAGCUGGGUGGACAUGUCAUCUCUGCUCUUUGCUCUGCUGCAGUACUGGAAGAUCUGGUUCAGUAUGGGACUGAUUCUGUUGCUCUUUUGGAACAUGGUGCAGUCCCUAAAAAUGAAAAAGCGUGAUGAAAGCAGCAGUGAAAAUGACAGCUCCAGUGGCAAGGAGGAGGCAUCGGGAGUGAAGGAAGAGGAAGAGGAAGAGGUGGAAAAGGAGGAACAGGAGGAACAUCAGGAGGAACAGGUGGAACAGGUGGAACAGGUGGGACAGCAGGAACAGGUGGAACAGGAGGAACAGGUGGAACAGGAGGUGCAGGUGGAACAGGAGGAUCAGCAGGAGCAUGUGGAACUGGUGGAACAGCAGGUGCAGGUGGAACAGGGCGAACAGCAGGAGCAGGUGGAACAGGUGGAAAUGGAGGAACAGGAAGAAGAGGAGGAUGACGAGGAAGAAGACUUCAAAGAUUCAGCACUGACCAAAUUUCUCAAACAGCGUGCCCUGGCAAAGGUGGAAGGAAGGGCCACCAGGUGCCCUAUAGUGGAGGAGCUGAUGAACGAGCUCCUGCAGACCUUCAGAUUGCUCUGGUCCAACAGCUUCUUCCCGGUGCUGCAGCCCGCCAUUGGGGUGGGCAGCGCCUUUGAAGGCUGGAGUCCCCGGGAGUGGGACACUGUGUACUGCCUGCUCGUGCCCAUAGAGGCCCCCCCUGGGCACAGCUUCUUCCUGGAGCUGGGAGAUGAAGGGCACGGGCUGGCAAGGAACUCCCGCGUCCGCGUGGAGCUUCAGUGCAUGUGCCAAAGGGAGAAGCUGCUGGGGAAUGUGCUGUGCUUCCUCCACCACGAGGAGGAAGAGCUGAGCCAAAAUCAGGACCCCAGCCUGCUACAGACUCUCUGCACUGACUCCUACCUGGAUGUGGAGAGAACUGUCACCUGGUUCACCGUACAGGUGGCAGCAAUCUGGAAGACCACCCACCACGCGCACGCCUACAGCCUGAAGGUGCUGCCUUCCAGACGCUCCUGCAAGCUCCAGCUGACAGAAGCCUACAGCGGGGAAAAAGUCCUCGUCGAGCUGCUGUUCGGGGUGCAGCAAGAAUACUCGGACAUCUACCUGACCAGCCAGAACACAGACGCCGGCUUUACGCCCAGCACAACAUGGCCACAGAGCUGUGCUGUGGCAGAAAAGAAGUUCUUCCAGCACACGGCCAGGAGUACCGGACAGGACAGCUCCCACCUGCACUGCCUGACGUUGCUUGCCAGCAUCUUAGUGGGCAUGGGCUUUUCCACCUAUGUCAUCAAGACUCUUGUCCUCCACAGUUUGGCCAUCAUCCCUUUGAAGAAGUGGCGCAGGAAGUAUUUCCUGAAUCGGAUGGAGAAUCUCCUGCGGUACCUGCGCUUCUGCCUGGACGAGAAAUGCCUGAACCACUUCUUCCUUGGCAGCAAGUCGGUGCACAGCACGAUUGUCCUGCCGCAGUCCUUCCGAUCCGCCAAGCCGCUCAACCUCUUCCAGCACCUGGAGGAGGACCCGGACGCCCACUCCAUAGCGCUGCGUGAGUUCAGGGAGCUGAAAGAUCGCUACAUCAGACUGCUGCUGUUCGGACGCUGAGAGAGACCUUUGUCCAAACCCUUCUCUUGUUUUGGCUGCAAGCUCACAUCCUGUGAGCAAUAAGACUCUGAGACCUAUUUAGGAGGCCAGAGGUGGCUGUUUCCGUGUGGCAGUCAGCGUCACGUUGGAGAGAGCUUACCAGUGGAAGAUCCGGCCUGCGACCAAAUGACUCCAUCUUGGUACGGGAGAUCUGGGGAUGGAACCAUUGUAUCUUGUGAAGGCAAGAUGCAAACAGAUGCUUCCCUGCUCCCUCUGACGACCAUCUCUACUGAAGAUCAACAUCUGAACUACGAGUCAUGCUGGAAACCCAGUGGUGACUAAUUCUCUCUUGCUUUCUACAAAGACUCUUUGCUUUUAUUUCCUAUCUCUUUUCUAUCACCCGACUUCCCUUCCCCAUUUCCCUAAACAACAACAACUUUUAAUAAACUCUUAUAAACUAUA